AGUCUCUUUCUGCAGGAGCGGGGUUGCCCUUCCAGACCUCACUCUCUUUGUGAGCAGUUUGGAGUCCCGCAGUAAGAAAGAGAGACGGACCGCGGGAGGAGUAGAGUGCCUGUGUGCGCCUUUCUGCCCCGGCGCCCCAGCUGUCUAGAGGAGCCCUGUCCUUUCCUCUCCCCAUCCCUGGAGCUGCAGCCCUGAGAGGACUGACCCGUGACGCCCCCCGCAUUCUCUGGACUUGCAACCCCUCUGUCUCUCUCUGCCUGCUGUCCUCCAGCCCCGGGAUCCGCACUCUGGAGCUCCGAGGAUAAACCAAACAGACGCGUUUCCCCCCUCUCUCUGCGGACUUUCUCGUAAAUGAUUGCACAACGUGGGAUAUCCGCUCUGCUUUUUUAUUUUUAAACUUUUUCCCCGUCAGACUCCCGUCUGCUUUGGAAGGCACACAGUUUCUUUUUUUUAUUUUUCCCUCCAGUCUUUUGGAAAGUAAUGCUGGCGCAAAGUUGACCUGGGCUUUGAUGGAGUGCGGUUCCUUUGAAGGAGACGCCAGUGUCGGUGCGAGGCAGGGACUUUGUCUGUCAGCAGCUAUUGCCAUCUGGGCCCAGCAGCAAAAUCUGCUUUCAUGAGGUAACGCCGGGACCCCCCCAGAUUACCGACCGACCCGCACAACAGCACCCCUCUCCCCCCCCUUCCCCGGUGGCAGCACGAUGGGUCAGAAGAUCUCAGGGAGCAUCAAGUCCGUGGAUGCGCGGGGUGAGCCGGCCUUCCGGCCCGUGAGGCGGGAGCUGCGGGGGCCGGACUUCUGUAAGCCAGCCCGGCUGGACCUGCUGCUGGACAUGCCGGCCGCCCCGCUGGAGCAGCAGCUGCGGCACGCCUGGAACAGCGAGGACCGCUCGCUCAACAUCUUCGUCAAGGAGGACGACAAGCUCACCUUCCACCGGCACCCGGUGGCGCAGAGCACGGACUGCAUCCGCGGCCGCGUGGGCUACACGCGCGGCCUGCAUGCCUGGCGCGUCCACUGGCCCACCCGGCAGCGGGGAACGCACGCCGUGGUGGGCGUGGCCACCGCCGAGGCGCCCCUGCACUCGGUGGGCUACACGUCGCUGGUGGGCAGCAACGCGGAGUCGUGGGGCUGGGACCUGGGCCGCAACAAGCUCUACCACAACAGCAAGAACCAGCCCGCCGCCGCCUGCCCGACGUACCCGGCCUUCCUGGAGCCCGACGAGUCCUUCGUGCUGCCCGACACCCUCGUGGUGGUCCUGGACAUGGACGAGGGCACGCUCAGCUUCAUCGUGGACGGCCAGUAUCUGGGCGUGGCGUUCCGGAACCUCAAGGGCAAGAAGCUGUACCCCAUUGUCAGUGCUGUGUGGGGUCACUGUGAGAUCACCAUGCAAUACAUCAAUGGCCUUGAUCCGGAGCCGCUCCCUCUGAUGGACCUGUGCCGGCGUGCAGCACGGCUGGCGCUGGGCAGAGACCGGCUGCACGAGAUCGAGUCGCUGCCGCUGCCCCAGUCCCUGAAGAAUUACCUCCAGUACCAGUGAGCCGCCCGGAGGACUCGGCGGGGAGGGCGAGCGGGCAGGGAGAACCGAACCCAAUCAAUGCAAACGAGCGGAGGAGAGACCACGGGCGGGACAUGUUUACACUGAGGACUGCGCUUCUGAGGCCGAGACUUGGGCUUUAGUUUUAGUUUGGUUUUUAAGUUAUUGAUUGUUGUCGGUCUCGGACAGGCAGACGCGUGGACGUACGUAGCGGGUGGGGACGUGGAUCAUGGCGGGGCCUGCUGCGCUGUGAUGUGGAGGACACCCGGUGGGAGACCCUCCCACACACAAACGGACACGCAUGGAUGAGGACCAUGGCUGUCUUGGGAUGGCGUCUGGAAAGCACACUGACCAAGGGUUGCCUUCCGAUAGGUUUAUAUUUAUAUCCAUAUCGUUGCAUCUCAAGCCUCCCCUGAGACAGUCCCACACCUCCCCUGUGCGCACCCAGCCAUUUGAUUCCAUGGCAGCACCCACCCUGCUCCACUGCGCCCUCUAGCAGUGUAAGCUGGAAGUGGCACUAGCCUGAACCGCACAUAGUAACUAUAGAACUGACAUCACAUGUGAAACGGCAGCAAGAUCAAGACCCUGAAAGGUU